CUCUACUGCUUAGACACCCCUUAGCCCCACUGCUUAGACACCCCUUAGCCCCACUGCUUAGACACCCCUUAGCUCCACUGCUUAGACACCCCUUAGCCCCACUGCUUAGACACCCCUUAGCUCCACUGCUUAGACACCCCUUAGCCCCACUGCUUAGACACCCCUUAGCUCCACUGCUUAGACACCCCUUAGCCCCACUGCUUAGACACCCCUUAGCCCCACUGCUUAGACACCCCUUAGCCCCACUGCUUAGACACCCCUUAGCCCCACUGCUUAGACACCCCUUAGCUCCACUGCUUAGACACCCCUUAGCUCCACUGCUUAGACACCCCUUAGCUCCACUGCUUAGACACCCGUUAGCUUCACCGCUUAGACACCUCUUAGCUCCAGUGCUUAGACACCCGUUAGUUCCACUGCUUAGACACCCCUUAGCCCCACUGCUUAGACACCCCUUAGUUCCACUACUUAGACACCCUUUAGCCCCACUGCUUUGA